UCUCUCCCAAACCAUCCUAAACCCAUUCUUUUCUUCUUAUUCUAUUUUCAUUAGCAUAUGUCUCAGAGGCCUUCCGUCCCUCACUCUUCUUCCGUAGCUUUUAGCCUCCAUUCUCAUCUUCUUGUCUCCAGUGAUUUGAACCCCAACUGGGUUUCAUUUUUAUAGGCAAAUUUUAUUGAUUUUUGCGUUUUUGGUUCCAUAUUUUUUCAUUCUUUUUUUAACCAGAGGGAAAGAAGGUAGAGAAGGAGAGAUAACUAACCAUGGGUGUCAAAGGUUUUGUUGAAGGUGGGAUUGCUUCCAUUGUUGCUGGUUGCUCCACUCAUCCUCUCGAUCUGAUUAAGGUCCGCAUGCAGCUUCAAGGCGAGAGCUUGCCAAAUCCUCACCACCAAAUACACAACCUACGCCCUGCUUUCGCCUUCAAUUCCUCUGCUUCUGCUGCCGUCAUUCCUCCCAACUCCAUCCAUGUCUCUGCCCCACCACCGCCGCCUCGCGUUGGCCCAGUCUCUGUCGGCAUGCGCAUUGUGCAGGCUGAAGGUGUUGCUGCAUUGUUCUCCGGCGUUUCAGCCACCGUUCUCCGUCAGACACUCUACUCCACAACUCGCAUGGGUCUUUACGAUGUUCUCAAACAGAAAUGGACCAAUCCAGAUACUGGAAGCAUGCCGCUGGUGAGCAAGAUCACCGCUGGAUUAAUCGCCGGAGGGGUCGGUGCGGCCGUCGGUAACCCAGCCGAUGUGGCGAUGGUGAGAAUGCAAGCGGAUGGACGGCUCCCUCUGACUCAGCGGCGCAACUACAAUGGCGUGAUUGACGCCAUAACGCGAAUGUCGAAGCAGGAGGGAAUAGCUAGCCUGUGGCGCGGGUCGUCCCUGACUGUGAACCGUGCAAUGAUCGUGACGGCGUCGCAACUGGCGUCGUACGACCAAAUCAAAGAAGCCAUUCUGGAGAAGGGAGUGAUGAGGGACGGGCUGGGGACGCAUGUGACGGCGAGCUUCGCGGCGGGGUUUGUGGCGGCAGUAGCGUCAAAUCCAGUGGAUGUGAUAAAGACGAGGGUUAUGAACAUGAAAGUGGAGGCAGGAAAAGCCGCGCCGUACAACGGAGCGAUUGAUUGCGCAAUGAAGACGGUGAAAGCUGAAGGGAUUGUGGCCCUUUACAAGGGUUUUAUACCUACGAUUUCACGGCAGGGCCCUUUCACUGUGGUUCUCUUUGUGACGCUUGAGCAAGUCAGAAAAUUGUUCAAGGAUUUUUAAUCAAUUACUGAUGACGACGACAAAAUUAUUAUUCGUAUUAUUUCCAGUCAUAAGAAAUUGAAUGCAGUCUUACUAUUACUAUUAUUAUUGUUGAUGGUGAAAAUUAUUAUUGGAAUUUCUUUUUUAAGACUCUUAAUAAUUUAGUAUUGUUCUUACGUCCUGCAAAA